CAGCCCAGAGGAGGUCGCCCCCCUGCCAAGAGGGCGGAGCCGCUCGGACGUGGAGGACAGCCGCCUCGCCGCGCAGCGGGCUGCCGCUGGACCUGGGCUCCCCUCGCCGCUCGCGGGGCCUGCGGCGCUCCAAGUCCGUCGUGGAGCGGCUGGACCGCUGCGCAGUCGCUGCGACCCUCUUCGAGAGGCGCCCUGUGCCCGACGGGUGGUGGCCCCAGGAGGACCUCGUUCUCCGCAGGCUCGCGGCCAGCAAGGAGCAAGGAACGCCGCCCGGCGCGCCUGCACAGGGCCCUCGGGCGCACGGCGGAGGCGCUGCAGGAUCCUCGCUUUCUGGCCACGGUCGCUGUGUCCAGCGGGCGCGGUGGAGCGGCGCUGGGUGCGCUCGGCGCGUCGUUCGGCUGGGUGGUGGGCGCCUCCCUCGGGGCCUGCACAGGCGUGGUCACUGCGCCCCUGACGCUCGGCCUCUCCAUACCCGUGGGCCUCGUGGCGGGCGGCGCCAUCGGGUCCAGCGUGGGCGCCGUCACGCACUGAUCGGCCUGGUCGGCGGUGGCGUGGCGGGCAGCAUCGCUUACGCCUUCGAGCGCGGCGAUCCGGCCGCCGACGGUAUCCUGCCCUUCGAGAUCAUGGUCGGCGAUGAGGCGUGC